AUGGCGGCAAUCUCAGCGGCUCCGACACCGGACACCGGAACUCCCGAACCCCGGACACCGGAACCCCCGAACCCCGGAACCCCGAACCCAGGACACCGGACACCGGAACCCCCGAACCCCCGAACCCCGGACACCGGAACCCCCGAACCCAGGACACCGGACACCGGAACCCCCGAACCCCCGAACCCCGGACACCGGAACCCCCGAACCCCGAACCCCGGACACCGGAACCCCCGAACCCCCGAACCCGGACACCGGAACCCCCGAACCCCGGACACCGGAACCCCCGAACCCCGGACACCGGAACCCCCGAACCCCGGACACCGGAACCCCCGAACCCCCGAACCCAGGACACCGGAACCCCCGAACAAGGAACCGACUGAUAGUAUCCACCAGAGAAAGUUGUUCGCUCUGGAUCGAGGUGAAGAGGGCUUUCCAUCCGAGGCCUUGCCUUAUGAAGAGCCUAGCGCCCACCCUCAUAGCAGAAUGUCUCAAUGCACAGCGUCGGAAAACAGAGUGGUGGCCACCACCCAGUCAAUGGAGGGGAAGGUGUUCAAAUGUUCCACCAACGACUGUACCGAGGCUUUCGCCAGCAUGCAGCACCUGAUGAACCACAUGAGAGCACAUUACAAGCCCAACCGAUAUUUCAAAUGUGAGACGUGCAAAUUGUCUUUCCGGUCACACCGAUCCCUUUUCAAACACCUGCACGUGUGCCCCAACCUCGCGACGAACGCUCAGUCACUGAAGGCGGAAAAGCCUUGGAGUCCAGGCCGACCGGCCUCCAGCGAACCCGACCCUCUCCUGAAGACUCCGGUCCCUGUGGAACCCGUGAUAUUUCAAAGCGUCAUCAAGCAGCUGGAGAAGGAAGGCAGCGCGGACACCGUCAGCCCGGCCGCCAGCUCCAAACCUGCGUCCGCGCUGCCCAGCCCUCUGCCGAGCCUCCACACCUCGCUCGGCUCCAUGCCCCUCGUCUCGACCGGCCCGCACCCUUUCUCGCUGCUGCAGCCUUCGCUGUUCGCGGCGCCCGGCCUCGGUAGGUUUCCCGGCCAAGCGCACGCACAAGUUCCCGGGCCGUUCAUCCCUUACAUGCAUCCCGGACCCUACAGCCUCCCCCAGGCCGGCCUGCAGCCUCGCCUGAGGCCCUACGUCCCCUCCCAAAGUCUGCCUUUCUCAAACGCCGUCUGGAGGAAGAGUGCAGCUCAAUCAGCCAACAGCAGGAUAGUGUGGGAGCACACGCGAGGGCGAUACAACUGCAUGCAGUGCCCGUACUCUGGCAUGUCCCGCGAGGAAAUCACCUCCCACGUGCAGGAGCAUGGCAAGGGGCUGCCCAGCAGACUGCCGAACGAGGUGGGGGUGUUCGUCAACUCCGGCGACAAUUACAGCCCAUUGUCCAUGCAGUUCGGCGAGUCUCUGUUUACCUAGGUUCGUUUCGUCCCGGACUUGCGUUCCAACAGCAACAAAAGAACAGUCGACGGUCGAUGGGUUUUUGCUUUACGUUUGCCGUGCGUGCCAAUAACAUGGCUGGCGACACCACAUCGACUGGCCGACCUCAUUUCCCUAUUGUUUUAGCUUGCAGCAUGCCCCUCCGUCAGCAACGCUUAAGUCAGUCAGCAACCAGAAGCAAAGGCUUCAACCCAUGUCGCACACCGUGCUGAGGAGAGCUCCCAUCCGUCUCGUUUACUGCGCAGGUGUCGUCGGGCGGGAGGAAGGAGGCAGAAUUUAGGACUGUAAGUUCAAACACUCCUCGGUUGUUGGUCGAUUGGCGGAUUGCUUUCCGGGGGCAAUAAUUCCCUCCUCCCCACCCCAAGACAAAAAUUUGGACGCUCAGUCCACGACUGAUUGUGUGAGACUGUUGUGCGCAAUUGGCUACCGCAUUUUGCCCACAGAGUACACAGUCACACCACUUUGCAGUAUAUUCUGUGAA